AUGCGAGGCAAGUCUGGCGAACGAUCUUACUCCCCUCACCAGAGGGAACCCUCUCCUAUGCCGUCCGACGGGGCAAGCGAGGCGGCGAGUGACCACGCACCUUCGCCAAGUACCCGCUCGAAUGGGCUGCCUACUCCCGUCACCGAAAAGGAGAAGCAGCGAUACCCUCACCUCUAUGGUGGCAAGGCCAACGGCCGAGCGCCCUCACCCAAGCUUUCUGGUCCCCCCUCUGUGACCUUCCUUGACUCUCCCGGGGCUCAAUCCCCGGUCGGUGUCGCUCCUGCCCUGGGAGAACUCGACUUUAGUUGGCCAGCCAAGGAGGUCAACCACGUUCCCGCCCCGCUCGACUUUUCCGAACAGAAGCGUCAGGUGCCUACCAACCCGAGCAUCCAGAUCGUAGAGUCUCCCUCUUCCAAAGCUCGCGCGCUUCGCGCUUUGCAGAAAGAAGCUUCCCUUGGAAGGUCAUCUUCCGCCUCCGCCUCGAUGUCUGCCUCUACUUCUCAGAGUGGCCCCGGUCUGCGUCGAAAGCCAAGCGCAAACGCCCCGCCGGUAGCACCAGUUCUGCCCGAGUGGGAUGAUUACUGGACGCGGCAGGGAAAGAAGGGGAGUGCGAGCGGGGACAGUUCAUUGUUGGAUGAUGGAGGACAAAUCAAGGAAACAACACAGCUGAAGAGAAAGACCAGUAUGGUGAAGAAACUGAGGGAUAAGAUGGGUGGGAAAUAG